AUGGCUACAGGGGGUCCGAAAUCCGAUUGCGAUGUGAUGAUCGUUGGAGGCGGAACCGCCGCCAGGGUGAUUGCAGGGAGACUGGCGACGGCGGACCCCAGCCUGCGGAUCCUCGUCCUAGAAGCCGGUCCGCACACAAAGGACCAAUUGCUCCAUACGCAGCCAGCGCGCCACCUUUUACCAACCAGCACUACUGUCAAGUUUUAUGUGGGCAACAAGAGCGAGCAUUGGGAUGGCCGUCAAGCGGUCGUCUCCUCUGCGGCCUGUCUCGGCCGGUGGUUCAGCAUCAAUUUCACGAUGUAUACUCGGGCGAGUGCUUCGGAUACGACGAUUGGAAGAAUCUGUUUUCCGCUACAGACGGAAACGUAUCAAGUUGCGGAAGGCAGGCCCACUCAUGGCUACGAAGGUCCUUUGAAGGUUUCGUAUGGCGGCCUCUUCACCAACGUCGGAACACAAUUUCUCGAUGUUGCCUCAGCGUACGACCCGGAACGCUAUUCCCUCGAAGAUCCCAAUUCUCUCCACGCGAUCAAUGGCUACGGGCGAUGGCAAAAAUGGAUCAGCGAAUACAAUGGCACUCGUUCGGACGUGCCUCAUCACUACCUAUAUAAUCAGUCACACAACAAGAACCUAGCCAUCGAAACCGGCUGUCUUGUUCGUCGUGUCCUGUUCGAUGCUCUCGAUGUCGGAGGCAAGCUGCGCGCGACUGAUGCGGAACUAAAUAAAUUCGGCCCUUUUUUCAAGAAGCAAUGGAAUGAGUUCUUUGCCACGGAUGAGCACCAGGAUAAGCCCGCAUAUUGGCUCGGUGCGGUCUCAAUGCUUGUGGGGGACCCGAGUACUUCUCCUCAUCGGAAAUAUUUCUUUGUGGGGUAUAUGGUCGAGUAUCCCUCGUCCAGGGGACAUAUCCAUAUCACAUCCAAGGACGAUGUCGAUUUUCCGCCUAACUUUACUGUAGCAGGCUGGUUAACCUCAUCUUCCUAUUCAACGCCACGCUGA